AUGAAUAAUGCAACUUAAGGCAUUCCCUUGUUAUCCGAUAAGGCUUGAAGAAACAUUCAAGGGUGCUCUCUACACACACUUCAAUGGCUAUGAGGUUAGAAGGCAAGGUGGCACUAAUAACCGGUGGAGCCAGUGGCAUCGGCGAAGCCACCGCAAGGCUUUUCCUUUGCCACGGUGCCAAGGUCAUCAUCGCUGACAUCCAAGACAACCUCGGACACUCCCUCUGCCAAAACCUCAACUCCUCCGACAACAACAUUUCCUACGUUCACUGCGACGUCACCAACGAUAACGACGUCCAAAACGCCGUCAACGCCGCCGUCUCGCGUCACGGCAAGCUCGACAUCCUGUUCAGUAACGCCGGCACUGUUGGCCGUGUGAGCCCUUCCAUCACGGCGCUUGACAACGCUGACUUGAAGAGGGUUUUCGAGGUGAAUGUCUUCGGUGCUUUCUACGCCGCCAAACACGCGGCUAAGGUAAUGAUUCCUGAAAAGAGAGGGAGCAUUGUGCUCACCUCAAGUGUUGCUUCGGUGACUCACGCGGUUUCGCCGCAUGCAUACACUGCGUCGAAGCACGCGGUGGUGGGUCUGAUGAAGAACCUGUGCGUGGAACUGGGGAAUCAUGGAAUCAGAGUUAACUGUGUUUCACCGUACGCGGUGGCCACUCCUCUGAUGACACGUGGAACCAGGAUGAAGAAGGAGAUGGUAGAGAAAGUGUAUUCUGAGGCGGGGAACCUGAAGGGAGUGGUUUUGAAGGAAGAGGAUUUGGCAGAAGCAGCUCUGUUUCUGGCUAGUGAUGAGUCAAAGUACGUGAGUGGGGUUAACCUAGUUGUGGAUGGAGGUUACAGUGUCACCAAUGUUUCUGUUAAAGAAGCUGUGAGAAAGUUUCCUGGUAAGCCCAAGUUGUAAUUAGCUUCAAAUUCUGGGAUACUUCCACACAAAAAAAAAUGCUCUUUUUUUUUUAAUUUGUGAAAAGGAAGCUGAAGGCCUGAAGGUUUGUUUGGUUUAGUUUGUUUCAUGAAAAAAAUAUUAUUAUUUUUACUUUUCUAAGAGUUUUUUUCUGUGUGUGUAAUGAAAACUGCAGCACUAGUUACUUCUUAGAAUAAAGUUGCAGAUGUAUAAUUCUCUGUAUGGAUCUAUGAAGCAAAUCUGUACUUAUA